UUUGGGGGAAACCAUUCUUCUGCCAACUGCAGAGACGCAGGCAGAGUGUGCAUAAUUCUAGGGUGAUGUGUAAAAUGCAAGGCCAAACCAGCAUAAUUUGCCAUGUGACAAUAACCGGCCCAAUUUAAUUUGAUUGAAUUAUUACCUAAUAAACUAUACUUACUAUCUAUAAAAUACAAGUGCAAAUGGAAUUUAUGUGACUUUGCAGACCUCAACUCAACCCAACCUGAAUGGUAAAUAGAAAGAAACACAAGAACUGAGAGAGAGAGACGGAGUCAGAGUCAGAGGUUGAAGAAGACUCAGGGUUUUCAUCUCCGAAGCAAAUUUGCAGCUUUUAGGGUGUCCUUGCAUUGUAGAUUCUAGCUGUUACACGGACUUGUAUCCCUCAUUCCCUCACUGUGAGAAAGGUUUCAGGCAAAAUAAUCGUUUUCGUUAUUAUUUUUUAAUUACAACCUAUGGAAGACAAAAAGAAGGAUCAGGAACGCGGUUUCGUUUGUAAUCAAGAAUCUCAGACAAAUUAUGAACCUCAGAACAACCUACAGAAUGGACAGCCAAAUGUGUCUGUUGGUCCUAUUGCCAAAAUUAGUAGUCCUCCACCUUCACGUGACAACACGCCAUACUCAAAUCAACAACAACAGCCUCCAAUUGUUCCAUGGCCCUACACUCCUCAAAAUGCCACAAUGCACUUCCCCACCCAAGCAUCACCACCUGGUGCCUUAAAUCAAUGGCCGCAGUUUGCUUAUUCGCAGUUAUUUGCACAGUCAGCAUCACCCUUUUGGCAACCUCAACCGCCAGGAGCAAAUGCCCCUAAAUUCUUUCAGCCCUUCACUGAUACUGGCUUUCGAGGAGGACCUUCCUCAACAAUACAGACACCACUUCCCAAUAUGUGUUACAAUUACACAUUUCCUGGCUUUCCAAAUUCUUGGAAUCCAUCUUCUUACAUGGCUCAGCUGUACCAAAUGCAGCAUCCUUAUGUUUUCAGUUUUCCUGGUGCACCUAACUUUUCUUCAGCAACUCCUAAGGUGCCUGAUUGCUUAGCUUCCGGAGAGCAUUCUUCUCAAAAAGGAAUUAUGAGACCACCUUCAAAACUUUCUCAGAAGCAUCAACAACUUUGGGAAGCUCAGUCAGCGGAGAAUGUUAAGCUGUGGAGUGUGAUAAAUAAAUUGCAAGCUGAAGUUUCUGAUCACAAGGAUCGGCUGAAGAAGCUUGAAGAAGAAGUAUCCUCAUUCAAAAAGGAAGCAGAAGUGCUCACUAACAAAGUUAUUGGGACAAUCCCGAUAUUAACAGAGCAACCAACAAAGAGAGGGAGGGCUAAGCGGUCAUUGGCCUUGGUGGAUGCAUCAUAUGAGUCUCAUCUCCCAGCUGGUGGUAAAAAGCCUGCACUAAGUAACUCUCUGUAUCAGAGUAAAUCACCCUUUGGAGCUGUUAAAUCAUCCAUUUUUGAAAAAGUUAUCCUUAAAAAAGUGGAAAAUAAAGAAAUAACUACCCGUUCCAAUACUAAAAUGGUGCAGCAUGAAAGCAAUGUUAAAGAUGUGAGCUGCAACACCCAGAUUAAUCAUAGCAACCCAAUUAUGUCCGCAUGUCAAGGCCAAGUUCAUCAGGAAUAUCUAGGAAUCCAAACAUGUGGAAUUGGAGUAAGUGUUAAUUCUGGAAAGGAUGAAGACUUGAAAGUAGUCAACUCUGAACCAUCACAACCAGAUAAAGUGUUGAAUAAUAGUAGCAUGGUUGUUUCAGCUAAGUAUGCUGGAAAUACUGGUAAUGGGAAUUUUGGGUUGACUUCUGGCAUACCUUCUCAAGACACUCCAAAGGAUGUGCUAGAUGUAGCUCGUGGAAGUUUCAUCCAACAAGGAGGAAACAUAACUCCUGGAUGGAGUUUGAGUUUUGCAAAUGAAGAGGAUGCUUUAGAAGAUGUGGAAGAUGCUAUGGAAGAAUCAGCAAAAGAUGAAAAUGAAGUAAUGGGGGAUGACACUAGCCCCGCUGCUGUAGAAAUUGGUGUAACAAAAGACCUAGGUGGUGGUUGGUUGCCCCAUGAUGAUGCUAUGGCAACUAGUCCAAAAGCCAAAGCUAUGUCUCCCCUUAACGACUGGUAAUAGUAUUUUUACAAGAAAUGUCUCGUACAUCUAGUUCCCUAACAAUAGAUUUUUAGUAUAAUGGGAUCACUUUGCUCAUCAGGGAUAAUCUUCUAGCUAGGUGAAAGUCACCAACUUGUCCAGCAUUUUUGGUAUAGACUAUAGAGCAGUAUGUAGAUUUUUGUUAAUAUUUGCCAUAUCAUUCAGGAAAUUCCAUGCGGUUGGUCCUUUUGAGUCACUUGUGUAUGCUAUUUAUUAAAAAAAACUUAAAUAUCCUCUUCAAUUUAGUUUUUUUUUUC